CGCAAGAUGUUCGGUCUCCUCCUUCGCAGAAGCGCAGGACGGACGAUUCCACCUCCACCGGGGACCUGCAGCCCAUGCCCACCUCGCCGCCCGCCGAGGUGCAGAGCCCCGGCGCCCCCGACGCGCUCUUCUCCAGCCCCCCGCAGUUCCGGCACUCCGCUAUUCCUCUUGACUUUGACAUCAGUUCACCUCUGACUUAUGGCACACCCAGCUCCAGGGUGGAGGGUACUCCUCGGAGUGGGGUACGAGGAACUCCAGUUAGGCAGAGGCCAGAUCUCGGCUCUGCCCGUAAAGCCAGACAGGUUGAUUUACAGUCAGAUGGGCCAACUGAGGAUGUAGCGACCGAGCAGUCUUUGGGACAAAAGCUUGUUAUUUGGGGGACAGAUGUUAACGUAGCCUCGUGCAAAGAAAAGUUCCAGAAAUUUCUUCAGUGCUUCAUUGAUCCACUAGCUAAGGAGGAUGAAGACAUGGGCUUGGACCUUAAUGAGCCACGCUAUAUGCAGCGACUUGAAGAGAUUAAUAUGGUUGGGGAACCAUUCCUGAAUGUGAAUUGUGACCAUCUGAGAUCAUUUGAUGAAAAUCUUUACAGGCAGCUGAUCUGCUACCCUCAGGAAGUUAUCCCAACGUUUGACAUGGCUGCCAAUGAGAUCUUUUUUGAUCGUUACCCUGACUCAAUAUUAGAACAUCAAAUUCAAGUAAGGCCAUAUAAUGCACUGAAGACUAGAAAUAUGAGGAGUCUAAACCCUGAAGAUAUUGAUCAGCUUAUCACCAUCAGUGGCAUGGUCAUCAGGAGCUCCCAGUUAAUUCCUGAGAUGCAGGAAGGAUUCUUCAAAUGCCAGGUCUGUGCCUUCACCACCAGAGUGGAAAUCGACCGGGGGAGGAUUGCUGAGCCCUCCGUGUGCAAGAACUGCAACACCACACACAGCAUGGCUCUGAUCCACAACAGAUCCAUGUUCUCUGACAAGCAGAUGAUCAAACUGCAGGAGUCUCCUGAAGACAUGCCAGCUGGACAGACCCCAUAUACGGUUGCACUCUUUGCUCACAACGACCUUGUUGACAAAGUUCAGCCAGGUGAUAGAGUUAAUGUCACAGGUAUCUACAGGGCAGUCCCAAUUCGUGUCAAUCCAAGGGUCAGCACAGUGAAGUCUGUCUACAAGACCCACGUUGAUGUCAUUCACUACCGCAAGACCGACUCCAAGCGCCUGCACGGGGUUGACGAGGAGACGGAGCGGAAAAUGUUCACAGAGGAACGUGUCCAAAUGCUGAGGGAGCUUUCUCAAAAAUUAGACAUCUACGAAAGGCUUUCUUCUGCAUUGGCCCCCAGUAUCUAUGAGCAUGAAGAUAUUAAAAAGGUGACUUUAAUUUUGUAUUUCUCUUCUAAGAAAUGUGUUUAUAUGCAAGCGUAUUUGUAA